UUCAACUCAAUUAGGUUUGGCUCAACCAAGGCACCAUUUAUUUUUUGAGAAUUCGGCAUCCUGAAGAGUUCGAUGCUGGCAUUGUGUUUUCGCUUUUCACAGAAUGCUUCAGGAUGUGACCGAGCAAGCAAAUAUUUGUGUAUGCUGCUGGAAUGUGCAAAAACCAAAAUAACUUAAAACAAGGGAAAGCUUUUUACGCACACAUUGCAUGCUAUUGCGUAUAACUAAUUGAUAACAGGCCACAUCUUCAUUUGCUCAAUUAAGACGGGCCUAUAGCUGCUGCUAUGCCAUGCUCCAUUUCAUUAGCAGGUUAAUGCGGGCGCACGUUUUCUUCUUGAACAAAGGGGCAUCAUCAACAAAUCGAAGUCUGGCGUAAAUAACAUCUGAGGAGAAUGUUGUACAUUGGCAAUUUGGAUCUCAUAUCAUGGUUUAGCACGUAGGCCUAUAGUACGGCGACCCUCAAAAAAAUAAAUGUAAAUAACCAAUCAUCAUCAUCAAUAUUGUCACUAUGAUCAGAAUUUGCUUAUCGAUUGAUGUCAAUACACUAUUAAUUCAAAUUAAAAGUGUUGGCAUUAUUCAACUUUGACAUUUUCACAGGUCGAAGACAAAUGGUGUAUUGCUAUAGCACUCUUUACCGUUGGCGUCUCCCCAUGUGUAUCUGAUUUGAUCCUACUUUGACAACCUGUUGUCUUCCAACCGGCGCCAGGGAAUUUGCUCAGAGAUUAAGAAGGCAGGUCAAGCAGCAGUGCAGAGCCGGCGCAGACUAUAUUCACGUCGCUAAUUCUGCUAAACAAACACAUCCCACGGUCUAUGAUGUAUGUCGACGGUCCAAUAGUGUAGGCCUAUUAGGUUAUAAUUGUUAAACUAAACGAUGUUUAUCAUUAAGCUCUAUAUUAUAUAAUAUUUCAAUUGAUUUUCCAUAAUCAUCAAUGAUUACUUAUGAGUGUAGCUCAAUAGCUGAAGAAAAGUAGGUCUGUAUUGGUUUUGUGUGAGCAUGUGGCUUUGGUCGAAGGAUAAAAAUGACGAUAGGUACAUAUUGUAAAUUGGUCGUUUUGAUCACACAAGCUCUGGAAUAAAUAAUGUAGCCUAGGCCUGUGUUUUUCUAAUCUUGGACCCGGCAGACGUACUGUGAAUUAGCAAAAUUUCUGGGGACAGACGGCUCAGAGCCUUGGCCGGAAAACAAGACCUGCAAGGGGCGGAGUUACACUGUUUCCAGUAUUUUAUUUCGGAGAUAUUGUAUCGAAUAAAUCCCCCUUAACGAGAGUGGAUGAAGCUUUCAGAAUGGGGAUUUUAAUGAGUGUAUUGGUACGGUUGCCAGUCUACACUUUAUUUCAGUCUACACACUGUACUGAGUUUUUUUGCUGUACGAGCCAAAUUGGCGUCCGCCAAUUACGCACGUACUGAUCUCCAACUCGAGCCACAUGAUUGGGCGUAACCUAUGAAGCAAGAAAGUGUAAUGCCCAAACGCUCACUCAGAUCUGAGCUCGGUGGCCACCAGACUUUGGCCAUUAAUUGAAAGUCUGAUAGGUGAAAAUACGGCUUUUCAACGUGCAGGGUACGCGUAACACUGGUGGUAAGCGAGCGUACUGCAGGCGGUACUUGUGACUUUAUUCUAGAAAUAGGGAACAAUUAUAUAGAUAAUGGAAAAUAAAUGUAGAAGUAACCUACAGUAUUAUUGCAUGUUAUUAUUUCAAAACAUGGUCAUUUGUGCAUUCCAUCAUUUUCCAUCUCGGUUGAUUUGUGUUUGCCAAAUAAAGUCACCGCAGCAUUACUGAGCUUUUCUUUGAGCUGUUUCCCACUGGCCAUGGCCUUCUUGCACUCAUAAAUGUGUAUAAGGGGGGCGCUUGCACUCUUUUCUCAGCCACUGCAUAUGUAUUUAUCCAUCUUUUAUAGUUUUAAGAGCUGGUCCGCAAAAGGUGUUGACAGUAAUUGAGUGAUGCACCUUAAAGUCAAAGGCGGGGAACCACUGAGGCUAUAUGUAAUUUUAUCUUAUUGGCAAAUGGUUAGGAUAGUGCCUUUUCACGAUUCUGUCACCGAGAUGAUUCGGCCUUGACUCUUUCUCCCUGGUGGGCAGCAUCAUGCUUAAGAAACAUAACGACUUAGUCGUACAACUUCAUUGUGUCACACGAUGCUUCUCUGCGGCUCUUAUGUCUGUCGCAAAGGGCUCUCAAAGUUUGCACAAAGAGUGGAAUUCCCCGCACCGACGAGAAUAGUCCCUGUUCUCAGAUCAGGUGGCCACAGCUUAUGCUACGUGUUUAACAGGUUAUCAAUUUGUUGAUCUCAUGAACGUUCACAUCUGACGUAUAUAAAAAUGGGAACAUGUAUGGGAGCUAACACACACCUCGAGAUACAUAUUUUCAUGUAAAACCCUUCCAAUGAGGGAAAUUGCAAUUUCAUCAAUUAUUCCCCCAAAAUACCAAUGCCAAUUGUUUGCUCAUUUAGGACGCUUGCUCCGCCCACCGUGUUUGUCGUAAACCUGGCUCCUGACUACAAUAAACCCGAGCUAAGAGCGCCCUGGGCUCGCCUCCUUCUCCAAGGCGAUCAAUAGUAUCUCAGGCGCACUACAAGCACUCUCCUACGUAGACAUCCACAAGGAGAGAGCUGAUAGAACAACACGCGGUUCAUCUGCUCUCAACAAAAAAACCCUACCUGCUUACUGAACCAUGUCGUUGAGCCCAAAGCAUACAACGCCUUUCUCAGUGACAGAUAUUUUGAGUCCUAUCGAGGAGACCUACAAGAAGUUUAGUGGCAUGGACGGCGCAGGGAACCUAACCUCUCCACUCGGAGCUUACCGGCAGCCGCAGGUGUCUCAGGCAGGCAUGCAGCAGCACUCCAUGGGCCACAACGCCACCGUGGCGACCGCCUACCACAUGCCCCACGCGGUGUCCCAGUUCUCGCACGGAGCCAUGGGGGGAUACUGUAACGGCAGCAUAGGCAACAUGGGGGACCUGCCGUCGUACCAGGAGAGCAUGCGGAACAGCGCGGCGGCGACGGGCUGGUAUGGCGCCAACCCGGACCCCAGAUACUCCACCAUUUCUAGAUACAUGGGACCUUCCACAGGUAUGAACAUGGCCGGGAUGGGGAGCCUCACAGGGAUGUCCGACGCCUCCAAAUCCAUGCCAGCCAUCCACGCGGCGCCCAGGAGGAAACGCCGCGUGCUUUUCUCGCAGGCCCAGGUGUACGAGCUCGAGAGGAGAUUUAAGCAACAGAAAUACCUGUCGGCGCCGGAGCGGGAGCAUCUGGCCAGCAUGAUCCAUCUGACGCCGACCCAGGUGAAGAUCUGGUUCCAGAACCACCGCUACAAAAUGAAGCGGCAGGCCAAAGACAAGGCGGCCCAGCAGCUGCAGCAGCAGGACAGCAGCAGCCUGUGCCAGCAGUCGCAGUCCCCGAGGCGCGUGGCAGUGCCCGUGCUCGUAAAGGACGGCAAACCGUGCCAGAACGGCUCCAACACACCGACACCGGGCCAACAACAACAACAACAACAACAACAGCAACAGCAACAGCAGCAGCAGCAGCAGCAGCAGCAGCAGCAGCAGCAGCAGCAGCAGCAGCAGCAACAACAGAACGGUUCGGGGAUCGGACUCGGACUCGCCUCGUCCACUAACAGCAUCAACCAGCACCAGCAGAACCAGCAGAACGUCAACGUGUUGGUGCAGCAGGCCCAGGACCUAGACAUGUCCCCCAGUCCUCCCUCACUGCACAGCCAACUGAGCAUGGCUCAGAUGGACAGCUCUGCUGUAGAUUACACCAGCAACAUGGUCAGCUCAAACCUCCUGUAUGGCAGAACGUGGUAGGACCUGUACAACAAUCAGUCCUUUUUACGUGUUUUUUUUCUAUAUGUUAACCUGCUGGAUGAUGAGCUCAAUAUAUCAUGUUGAUAUACCACAGUGAGACCAUUGGGGGGACACUUUUUGUGGUGGUUGAAUGGACAACGGCGCAACAGGCGCAACAGCUGAUCAGGGCACGUUUUCUUGACAUUUUGGAGAGGAGGAGGGAGUCUAUUUUGGAACAUUACACGAAAUGGCUGCCCUUGAAACGAGUGACGUCGUUUCUGGACCUUUUUUUUUUUCUCCAAAUCCAUGUUAUGGACUUCCUUAUGGUGUUUUAGACGUUAGUCUAUGUGGUUUAUCGACAAGAAUGCUGCUUUCACUUGAGUGGGGACUGGGA